AUGGCGAGACGGCUUUAUAAAUGUCUCGUCGAUUACACGCCUAUCGGGCCUGUUCACGAGCAAGAUUAUGUAUGUACACUGGUAUUUUUGCAACAUCAAAUUUCUUACAAUAGCAAUGAAAAUUCCUAUUCUAAACUGAUAGAAAGCAGUUUCUCUUUGACGCGUCGAGGUAUUAAUAGCAUUACCUUCGAAGGCCGGCAUUUCCUCCCAGCGGCAAUGUCAGAUUACGUAAGCCCUCCACAAGAUCGAGAUACAAGUCGCAUUGUUAAUUCCCGGCGAACCUGGAGAGCUUCCAUUAAUCAACGGUCCAUUCAACGGUAUAACCAAUGAGGUAUCGACGGGACACCAUAAAUCGUUACAUCGACACUGUGAGACCA